CACAACCCCCUAAAAUCACUCAACCCAAAACAACAGAAAAAAAGACCCAUGGUGGGACAGUGACAAGGUACACUUGCUUUUCAAGUACAAUCUAAGUAAAGGGUUUGGGGUUUUUUGGGGUGAACAAAGCAAAGAAUAAGUUCAGGUAGGAGUUGCUGAUGUGCUGCAGCAGAAAAAAGUAUAAAAUGCUGUGUGCAGAGGCAUCGUGUCUGGGUGAGGAGGUAGUUUAUUGUCUAAGACAGAAGUACUGGAUUUUACUUUCAGGAAUACAGAUUUCUGUAAGAUGGGCAGUACAACUUCCAUUGUUGUUUUUCACUGUAUUUUCUCUCAAAUAAUAUGUUAACAAAAAAAAAAAAAAAAACCCUUUAUUUAGAAGUUUUCCAUUAGUCAGAAUUUAAUAAAUCAAGUAUGGAUUGAUAGGCAGUCUUCAUAAUAACUUCCAUUUUAAACAUACUGAAACAGCACAUUUUUGGUUUUAGAAUAUAAACAAAUUGGUAAUACAGAAGAAGGAACUUCUCUGAUGUUCUGAAAACACUUGAGUUAGGAUAGAAAGUACUAUGUAAAGGCAUGAAGCCACCAUUUGAAAGAUGUGCAUAAUUCAUCAUGUUACUACAGAAAAUCUUAUUUAAAUUUGGUGGGGAAAUGUGAAAUUUUGACUAAGUGAAACUUUUUGAAUAUAUAUGUAUGUAAAACAGUUUGCAUGUAGUGCAGGAAGGAAACACUGCUGCUGGUGGUGCAGAGCCUUCCCAUUUGGCAUUGGGGUCAUUUCCUUGAAUAACUGAUGUCAUCCACCAUAUUAAAUGCUGCCUCAUCACUGGGUUGAGGGUGAAAUAAGAAUGAGGACUAAAUAAUUUCUGCCUUUCCAAAUGCACUGAGUAUACUUGUGCUGGUUUUGAGGAAAUGUGUCAGUCCUCCCUUGGGACAGUACUUUUUCAGUCUUACUUUAAUUACCUUUUCAAUGCAGAUUAAGACCACUGUAUUUAUCCUUAGUCCAUGUAUAGCAUCUGUUCUAUUUCAUAUUUGCAUACGUAUUUAAUCACAUCCAUCAGUAAGAUGUUAUAUGGUCACAAAAUAGGUGCUUUUUAUUGGUUAGGAAAAGAGAAGUAACGGAUUUGUGGAAUUAGACAUGGACUUGACAUUCUCCUACAGAUAUGUAAGUGCCAAACAAUGCCUUUUGGAUCACUGACUUUGUAUUCUCAGUUAAACAUAUUAAGUUCCUAAUGAAGUCACUGGGAGUGGCACAUUUGUAUGUGGUAAAGUAAAAUAGGAUAUUUUGCUCUUGAGUGAGAUUUCACAAUGUAACUCAGAGCUUCAAAGAUUGUAAGUUAAAAAUAAAACACAGGGAGAGAGAGAACUCAAAUAUCUUCAAGUAAUGCGGCUUCUGAUUUUCUGUUGUGUUGUUAGAGCACUGUUGGUUCAUUUAUAUGUUACCUACAUCUGACCAAGUUGUCCAAUUUAUGAUCAGAAGGGUAUUUAAAAUAACUGCUUAAUUAUGUCAAGGGCAAAUGGUAUAUAAUUCAGUGGUAGGACAUAACAAACAUACUUUUUUAUAUUUAAAACAUCUUUUAGGCUUUUAAUAAAUUGGCUGGCAUAUUCUUUUGAUGAAAUGAACUCUUUUAGCAACAAUGUUCUAAACAGAACCUCUCCAUAGAAGGUAUUUCUUCUAGUUUCAAAUUGGAAAAUUUUGUUUUGGUGUUUACCUUUUAAGUGUGACUGUGAAAAGGUGUUUGUGUCCUGGUCUGAUCCAUUUAAUAGUGUGCAAAGCUCUCUGUUCUCUGCUGCCUCCUUGGAGUUUCUGUAGCAUGUAGGUUCAUUGUUUGUUAUAGGAGGGCAACAUAAUAAUUAAACAACAGUAGAAUGGUGCCUUUUUUCAUUUAAGAUAUUACCAUCAAAACUUAAUUUUAAACGUUAAGUUUGGCAAGGCUAAAUCGUCAUUUUCAGCAUGGUGCUGAGCAGUAGUUGAAAUGUAUACUAUACCAGUGCAGAAUAAACAGUAUCAUACUUGCUGUUAUGCAACACAAAAUUCCUCCUAGAUAGCUCCUUGGCACUGAGCUGAUACCUGGGGCACAACAUAUUAGUACUUACCCUAUUUGGGUAAGUCUGGCUACUCCAUGCUGCAAGAAGGAAUAAAGCUGUUUACUGAUCACUGAUAUGCUCCAUAAAGAAACAAAGCAGGCAAACAAUUUAUCAGGUCCUGCAUUUGAAAGUUCAGUUGCAGACUAAAGUGCAGAAGGUUCUGACAGUCUCAUGGCAAGGAAGAACAACAAUUAUAAUCCAGUCCCUGACUGCAAGUCAGCCUUCCUUUUUGCUUUUUAAUUCAACUUCUGUAUGGACCAGGUGAAUAAUUGGAGGCAAAUACAAGUACUAAGGAGGCGUCCACAUGCCAAUAGCCUUAUGUUACAUGAAGUUGUUUUUAAUAAAAUAGCUGGCUCCCUUUCACUGAUAUGUGAAUUUAUGGAUAUGAAUAUUUAUGAGCUGAUAAAAGGUCUUAAAGGUGUACAGGAGAAGCCAUUACAAAGAGGACCCAAAGCCACCUGUUAUAUCACUGCUAAACACAAGGACCCUCAGAAAAUAACAGUCCAGCCUUCCCCUCACCUGAUGUUAGGAGAUUUUGGAUCUUGUAGGAGUAUCUGUUCUAAGCAGCCACAUACAGUCAUCUCCACAUGCUGGUACAGAACAAAUGAAUGCUUACUAACAAGUGGUUACUACAGUUACUACAGCUUACUAACAAGUGGCAACUACAGUUGCAAAAUUGGUAUGUGAUGUGCUGGCUGUGUUUUCUAUGAAAUUACAAGUUUUCAGCCUCUCUUUCCUGGAUCUAAUGAGCUGGACCAAAUUUCAAAAGUCCAUGAUGUUACAGGCAUUCUGGCUAACAAAGCUCUCCACAAGUUCAGGCAGUCAAGAAUUGCAAGGUUUGGUUUCUCCUUUAAAAAAGGAAAAGGAAUACCUCGCAGUUUGCCUCCCAAAGGCUUCUCUCUCCUGUAUGCAAUGAUAAAAUAUGAUCCUGAUGAGAGAAUUGCUGCCCAUCAAGCAUUACAGCACCCUUAUUUUCAAGAACUCUGACAAGUGACUUCGAAUCAGUUCAGUCUUGAAGACUAAAACUAAAAAGUGGGGGGAGCACUAUGUGCUUAUUAUUUAAAGUGGACUGAAAUGAAGUUUGCUUACAGUGGUAGUACUAAGCUUGCAAUACAAUGAACAUAAUUCAGUUAUUUGCCUUCACCUAAAGCACAACUGAUGUUUUACUCUUCUUUUUUCCUCAAGCUUUUUAGGGCAGGUGAAACACAAAAAAUUAAGAUUACUGGGAAAUACAUCAGGGCAAGUACUUCUGCGUUUGUGGCACAUUUCAAUGGCAAGUCAAAAGACAGGUAAUAUUUAAGUGGAAGAAUUGUCAGACCACUUAGAGAAAGUAAUUUGUGGCAUUAAGCUUGUUAGCUAGAAACAAAUGUUUUACUUAAGCCGAUUACUUGGUUUUAUUGAGUCUGCCUGACUGAUCUUUAUUUGGUUUCCCCCUGCCCCCAAGCUCUGAAAAACACGAGUUAGAAUUUAGAAGCUGUGAUACCACAUAAUCCCUUCAGUAGACUUUUAUCAUAGUUGCUUUUACUUAAAGAAUCAGUUCCACGUUUGGUUUUUUAAUCAUCUUUUUGCUGUCUUUGAAUUAAAGAGCUUUAUAGAAGAAGUUGUAGCAGAGGCAUGAAGUGCUUCUGCCUUUCUUUUCAGACCUUCAGUCUACAUCUUGAGCAAGUAAUUUUUUUUUACUUAAUUAUACUAAGAUGAUAUCCUAAAAAAUAUGAAGAAAAUAACAAAAUGGGAAAAUCCUAAACUUGUAUUUGACAUUGGAAAUUAAAAAAAAUAAAAUCUGAUUAAAAGUUCUGGCAGACUAAAACUCAGUUUAUGUUCAAGCUAUGUGAAAAAUACUCAAUAUACUCACUCUGAAGAGUUCCCUGUAUCGGCAAGGUGAGACAGAAGUCAUUACUACGCGAAAAUCCCUCAAAUACAGGUUUUUCUCAAAAAAGCAAAUUGCAUUAGCAAAAAAACCAAUAAUUAUAAAUUAUUUUCUGCUGUGCAUUUAACCUCAAAGGCACAAACUCUCCUUCCAUAGAAGCAGUGACUUUUUCCACCAGUUUAACUCUGCGUUUCAUCAGUGUAGGCUUUGUAAGGAAUUCCUUUGGGAAAAACUGCAAGAAACAUCAAGUGAGGCAGGAAUUUUUAAAAAAGAAUUAUCUGAAGUGGCAUUUGGCAGAGCUCAGUGAGCUCAGUACACACCCUGCAUUGAGCUUUUUAAGUGUAUUUUCCUUUCAGAAGCUGAUGAAGAAGAAGGUUUGUUAAAAAUAACAUGAAAAGAUUCUUUGAGCUUCAGUAUUAGAAUGGAAUAUUAUCUACAAAAUACAGGAUUUCAUAUUACAUUAUAAAUGACAGCUAACCUUUGUAUAGCUUUAGAUGUAAAAAAGUAUUUUUCAGUCAGUUCUGGCAAGUGCUAACCUCCUGUGUUCAGUAACUUCAGCUUUUAUUGAGGAUGUGCCCAUUAUGAAUCAUAAGAGGUACUUAAUUUUGAUGCAGUUUCUGUAACUGCUGAAUAUUGCUAGAGAACUAUAAUGUAGCUAAAAACUAAAGCAACUUUUUAUCUGAUUCAAAGCAAAUAAAAUGUAGUUUUCUUCAAGCUUUAACAGAGACUGAUAUUGCAGCUAGUUGCUUAAAAAGACAGUGUGGGCA